AUGUCUGAUAUGACCGCUACCGUCGAGCCCACCUCCAAGGGUUUCGCUGUUUGUGGUUAUGAGAAGAUCGAGUAUGACUUCGAGUUUCUCGAUGGCGUCUUCAACCCCGCCAACCCCCAGCUGUACCAGCUCUACUCCCCCUGGGGACGAUGCUUGGCUGUCAUGGACCUCAACAUCUUCAACCUCUACGGUGAUCAGAUGCAGAAGUACUUUGACCACUAUGGCAUCCCUCUUACCAUCCACAAGACCAUGAUUGGUGAAAAGGCCAAGUCCAUGGACACUCUUCUUUCCAUUGUCGACUCCAUGACCGACUUUGGUAUCUACCGCAAGGAGCCUGUCCUUGUUGUCGGUGGUGGUCUCGUCACUGACGUUGCUGGCUUUGCUUGUGCUGCUUACCGCCGUAACACCAACUACAUCCGAAUUCCUACCACAGUUAUUGGUCUCAUUGACGCUUCCGUCUCGAUCAAGGUCGCCGUCAACUACGGCCGCUACAAGAACCGUCUCGGAGCCUACCACGCUCCCUCUCACACCUUCCUUGACUUCACAUUCCUCCGCAGUCUUCCCGUUGCUCAGAUCCGAAAUGGAUUCGCUGAGUUGAUCAAGAUCUCCACUUGUGCCCACAAGGACACUUAUGAUCUCCUCGAGAAGUACUGCGAGCAGCUCAUCAACACUGGCUUCGGUCGAUCUGAUGAUGCUUCUCCUGAGAUUAAGGAGGUUGCUGACAAGAUUUGCCGUGCUGGUAUUCACGAGAUGCUUAAGCUUGAGACACCCAACCUUCACGAGAUCAUGCUCGACCGUGUUAUUGCCUACGGUCACACCUGGUCUCCUCUUCACGAGCUUGUUCCCGAGACUCCCCUCCGUCACGGCCAUGCCAUCUCCAUCGACAUGGCCUACUCUGCCACUCUCGCCCACAUCCGCGGUCUUCUUUCCGCCGAGGAGCACAAGCGUCUCCUAAACCUCUUCUCUCGCGCUGGUCUCUCCAUGGACCACCCUGACUUCGAUGGUCCUCUCCUCGAGAAGGCCACCGCCGCUAUCCUCAAGACCCGUGAUGGUAAGCUCCGCGCUGCCGUCCCCGUCAACCCCAUGGGUGACUGUGUCUUCCUCAACGACGUCAGCCACGACGAGAUGGUCGCUGCUCUCGAGGAGCACAAGAAGAUCAUGAAGUCCUACCCCCGCGAGGGUGCUGGUCUUGAGGCUUUCGUCGACUCCAGCGACACUGGCUACACCGUCAACGGCGCCCCCGUUGAGAACGGCAAGGCCAACGCCGACCAGAUCCCCAUGAACGGCGUCGAGAACGCCAAGCUCCACGCUUCUGGUCCCGAGGGCGUUGACGGUCUUCAGCAAGACUCGAGCAGCGACGAUGACUACGUCCUGGGUAACUCCAAGACCAACGGUCAGCAGGACAAGGGCAUCCUGUCCGACCUCAAGGAGAAGGCCAACGGAAUCACCAACCAGAUCUCCAAGGCUGUCACUGUCGAGAGCACAUAA